CCCACCUGAGCCUGUAUCACUGGUUGCAGCCUUGUGAUUGCACCAGUUGUCACAAGCUGCCUGUGGUGCGCGCGCAGUGUCCACGUGAACGCGCCUUUCCCACCUGGCCCAAUCACGUACGAGGAAGUUCACAACACUGCCGUCUGCUGCUGCUGCUGCUGCUGCCGCUGCUGCUGUUGGGUGUCUCUGCACUGUUUGCGCUGCGGCUCGGCCAGCAGGAAGCCAGCAGCUCACCUGACAGACUGAUAACCUGAGAACCAGCACAGAUUUGCUCCUGUGAAAAGUAGCUAACCACUAACCCCAACGGUGUCGGAGCGCGUUACGUGUCCCGACGAGCGGCUUUCAUCCCUCCGCCCCAUGGCCAUGGCUGCCUUCUGUCCUCUUCCCCUGGGAGGUAACCUUCAAAGGCUCUGCUCAGCACGAUGGAUGACCAGCUGAGUGAUGGAGAUGGACAGAAUCAAAGGACACGCUCCCUUCAUUGUGACUAGAUGAAGGGACACCCACCUCUUUCCAGCACUGGGGGGGACGUACACGACAGCAUUCGAUGCUCUUCGGAGUGAAUUGAUGCAACUAAAAGAAAACAAACAAAGUUCUUUGGAAAUCAUUUUUGAAAAAUUGUAAAUACUGGUACAUUCAGACUCUUUCAGCAUAGAGCUCAUGUGGUGACUGCUUAUCCCUGUGAUGCUUGUUAUGAGUUGUCCAUCCACAACCAAUGAGCCAGAGAGCUGCAGCAGCGAGGGAAGCAGCUGCACCACUUCAUCCUCCAUCACCACCUCUGACCCGUCCUCUAUGUCUGGACACACUCACACCGCCCCACCUUCCCUCAGCAAUGCCCCCGAUACCUCUAAGCACGAAGCUCCCCCACCUCCUCCCUUGCCACCCCCGCCUCCAGGGGCACCCCCGCCCCCUCCUCCCCCGGCGACCACAUCCACCAGCCACAACACGAGGAAGAAGCGCCGCGUCCGCAGCUUCUUCUGGAAACCGAUACCGGAGGAGAAGGUACGCGGGAAGCCCAACAUCUGGACGCUGGCGGUGCGGCAGCAGCAGUACCAGAUUGAUAUCCGCUCUGUGGAGGAGCUCUUCGGGCAGCAGGAGGAGGCAGUGUCAGGCAUACGAGGGACGUCGCCCGCCAGUGGAACCUCAAGUCGUGUCUCCAGGUCCCGCUCCUUCAAGGAGAGCAGCAAGGAUGAGAUCAGCAUCCUUGACUCCAAGAGGGGAAUGAAUGUGGGCAUUUUCCUGAAGCAGUUCAAGAAGUCCAACCGCUCUAUUGUUGAUGACAUACGACGGGGAGAAGGAAAGACUUACGGAGCGGAGCUGCUCAAAGACCUGCUGAAGCUCCUGCCUGACGCAGAGGAGAUCAAGAAACUUCAGGUGUUUAAAGGAGACCCGGACAAGCUGACGCUGGUCGAUUCCUUUAUGUACCUCUUGAUCCAGGUGCCUCGGUUCGAGGUGCGCAUCGAGGCCAUGGUCCUCCGAGAAGAGUUCUUCCCUUCCUGUGCUGUAAUGAGCCACGAGAUCGAUGUCGUCCGCGUCGCUACUAAAGAGCUUAUGAGCUGCGAGGAGCUGCAUGCCAUUCUGCAUCUGGUGUUGCAGGCCGGAAACAUCAUGAAUGCUGGGGGCUACGCGGGCAACGCUGUGGGGUUCAAGCUGUCGUCUCUGCUCUCAUUGGCUGACACCAAGGCCAACAAGCCUGGGAUGAACCUGCUGCACUUUGUCGCCAUGGAGGCUAAGAAGAAAGACGAGAAGCUGUUAAAGUUUCCAGAGAAGCUUCAGGAUGUCCAGAGUGCAGCCAGAAUCUCAGUGGAGAACAUCGAGAUGGAGUUUUCCUCCUUAUAUGUUCGGAUUAAAUCCCUGGAGGAGAAGGUUCAAGGAGACCAGGAGCUGCUGCAGCAGCUGGAGCCCUUUCUGCAGAGUUCAGCACUGACACUCCAGGACCUGAAGAGACGCAGGCUGGAUCUGCGUAAAGAGGGAAACGCUCUCAUCGAUUUCUUUUGUGAAGACAAGGACACCUUUAAGCUGGACGAGUGCUUCCGCAUCUUUCAAGACUUCUGCAUCAAGUUCAAGAAAGCUGUCAAGGAUAACGUGGACCGUGAGCUGAAGGAGGCGGCCAGACAGCGUCGUUUGAGAGAGUUGGAGGAAAAGCGUUUUGCUUGGUCGGGGGGUGCGGAUCAGAGCGGCGUCUUCGGUCGGAGCAGCAGUGAGAACGACGUGGAGAUGCUCACCAAGGAAGGCCUGCUGGACUUCUUUCAGCAGAGGUCUCAGAGUCCACACAGCCCGCUGGGACGCUCUGCAAGUGCCCGACGCCACCGUCACACCAUGACCUCCAUAGCCGACAGAGAACUCCAAGGAUACCUGGAGCUAUUUGGAGGCACUGACAAUCCCACUGACUUCUCCAAGUUUAAUAGCCUACCUCGGUCAGGCCGCGCCCUGCAGCGGAAGAUGACCCCCUGGAUCUUAGCCCAAGACGACAACCGUGAGCUGGGCUGCGACAGACAGGUGACAUCUCCACGAGCAGAAACUGAGCCCAUCAGCCCACUGGUCAGGUUUUCCUCCUCUGGGUUGAAUGAUAACGAUCCAUACAACAACAACAACGAUAUUUACUCAUCUGUGUCAGAGGGCAGCGCCCUGCCUCCUUCCUUUUGUGUCUUUCAAAAGCCAGCCCAUCUUCCCAACCCAGCAAUUACUGGCCACAUGAAUGUUAGUGUGGAGAAGCACACUUUAGUCCGAGGUCCUCAAGCUUUUGACCUUCCGAGUCCGAACAAUAACAGCAAUCACAUGCACUUUGUUAACCAGGGGGAUGUCGUGGUGACUGAUUUGGAAAGGGAGAGACAGUCACCUCCCACAAGUCUGGACAACCAGCUACAUGGUAAAGUUUUAGAAAGAGGAGCAGAUCCCAAGGCAUCCUGGGGAGGGAAAAUAGAUCCUCCCACACCGGCUGGGGCUUCUCCUGAGAGACGGAGAGAGGAAGAGGACAACAGUACAGUUUCAUCAACUACCUGUGAUACACCCCUCCCAUUAGACACCUCUGUAUCCAAUAAGAAACCAGUGUUUUAUAUUUUAGACUGUACAGAAACAGACUGUUCGGUCACCUUGGAUUGCUCUGAGGUUGAAAGCUCAUCUCUAACCAAAGAGGGGCUUUUUGGAACGACUAAGUGCAAAGAUCAGGAGAGCCAGCAAGAUCCAAGCUCUCUGUCCUCUAAUUUAGAGUCCAUGUCUCCCAACGACCAGUCCGUUUCAACCAAUGAGCUUUCAGCGCCAAAAUCUGUGGAUGUGGCGUCCAUGACUCCGUCCGCUACCACAGAGGAGUGGGACACAGAGAGCUGUGACACCGCUGAGGGAAAGCAGUGUGCCGAAAAAGAUGCGCAGAGAAGCAGCAGAAAACCGGCGCACACAAAGAGCAAAGUUAACAAAGCGACUAAAUCGAGCGGAGGUCGCAGUGUGCGAACACUUACCAGCAGUGAGAGCCAGGGCAUGCGCAAAGUUGUGCCCAUUAGCAAGCUUACAAGGACAGGCAGCAGCAAGAGAGCAGAGGUGCAUGGCAGUGCGGAGUCACACCGGCCUCUUCGAGACCAGAGCACCCCGGCGAGAGGAAGGAGCGAGAAGACCAUGAGACCCCUUCGACACUCCAGUCUGCCUCCCGAUGAGUCAAAAGCUCAGAGGGGAAGCAGCCUGAUGGGUGGCAUUUCCAGAUGGGCACGCGAUUCAACCCCAAGAAAGGCUUCCAUCCACAAGCCGAGCGCCAAACCCCUGAGGAACAUCCCCAAGCCUGCACCUGAGGAGAAGAUGUGCCGCUCCACCAUGAGAGCUCUGGCACAGGCCCAAGCUCAGGCUCAGGCUCAGGCCGCCGCUUCCUCUGAGAACAGCAGCUCUCACACACCCAGUGCAAAAAACACCUCCGAUGUCCCCAGUUUUGCCCGCAACACCGUAGCUUCAUCUUCCAGGACCAAGAAGGAGCUGGGCCCCCCGUCUGUCCCCUCCACGCCGUCACGCAGCCCCUCGCUUCGAGGUCGACAAACCCAGAUGAAACAGAACAGGUUGCCAGCCGCAGUUCAAACUAACGACGAACGGCCGCAAGGGACAAACUUGCGACGGGUGCAAAGCGUGAAAGCAGCCAGUCGCAGCGCCUACCGCAGCAAGACUCCUCCACCACCUCCAACACGUGAAGAUAUUCGUAAAAGUAAUAGCUUUUCUGAAAAGUCUGCUCAGUCUAGAGACUCGAUGACGCCCAGCAGAAGCACUAAACCAAGCUGGAAAUGAAACAGACUUCUCCUUGAUUUUGCUGUAAAUUGAUAUUCGUCCCCUUCCCCAUCUACUGCUCGCCUCUCAUAUCAUGCAAAAGACAGGAAUCUGAGAAAAAAAAAAAACAAACUUCAAGCUAUCUCACUUUGCAAGGUUCCUCCAGUAGCUGACUAUCAGGUUUAUGAAUUGCAAAGAGCAAAAUGCAAUGAACUGCUUCACAUGUUCCUGUUGUGUUCGUCCAAAAAACCUGAGCUUUUUGCGAUUUCCUUGUUGCCUGGGUUGGGGUGGGCAUUAACUAAACUGACAAAUGGCAAAUCGGUGUUUUUACUCAGGAGCCUCUUUGCCUACUUAGCUGUCUGCGUACUGUACGUGCUAGUGUCUGUGAUGUUGACGUUGAACACUAUAUGAUGCUGCUAAUUAGCGCUGACAAUUCGAGACAAGUUUCAGUGUCUUUUUCGUUUCAGGGUCACAAGAUUUUGUUGUACCUUAACUUGCUGCUGUUACGGUGUCUUUUAGUUUUGUCGCAUCCUGCUGUAGAGUCUCACUCAGUUUACUUUAUGGUUUCUUUGUUUUGAUACCUCAGAAAAAUCGCAGUGGCCUUGUACCAGCAGAACAAGUAGAAUAUGUUCCUUUGGCUCUGCAUGACGAAGAUGUAGACAGAAUCAGAUAAAUUGAUUUAAACUGCAAUGUCACUUUUUACGAAUUCCUCGUAUAUGAAUAUUACUACAAUAUAUAAAGUCACAGAUUAUAAGCCAGUGUAUAUCAACUGUGGUACUGGUUGUACCUUGUGUAUGUACAUGUCAGUAGUUUGUAAAUGUGUUAGGACUCCUCCAUAAUAUCAUGGAGUAGACGUGCACGUAGGAAAUUGUGUCCUGUUUACCGCUUGGACAGAAAAGCAUUGAACGCAUCUGAAACAUCACUGAAUUGAUCAUCAGUCGUGUGAUUAUUUUUGGACAGUCUGGUCUAAUUUUUCUACUGUGAAUGUAAUCAUCUCAUGUUCUCUCCAGGCCUGCACUUUUCUUGACAAAGUUAAAUUGCCCUAACUGCUCAUAUUUCAGCACGGCUUCAGGUUGACCUCUGUGAUGUCACGUUUGAGUCAAAGAGCUAAGCAUCUGGUUAGGCUGUUUAACAACGCUUAUUGCUGUUUUGAAGGUAUUUCGGGAAACCUGAAAGACUUCUGAUCUAAUGUAGGGGGGAAAUAUUCAGUCUGCUACACAAUAAAAAGAAGUUUUAGUAGAGAUGCACCGAUCGACUGGCCAAGGACUGGAAUCAUCCGGUCUUCAGAGCUGCACACUAACAUGUCUUUAGUGUGGAUGUUCUUCACUAUGAGAAAAGAAAACACAAAGCUCGCAAUUUGUAAUACAUGUAAGCCCAAAGGAAACCGAGGGGGGCUACAAUGAAAAUGUUCCAAACAACAAACUUAAUCAGAAACUUAAAACACCAUCACCCGCCUGAUCGUGCCGAGUUUGAAGAAGCUAGCAAAGGAAAAGUGGCUAAAGCUAAGCAGCUAAGCUAGCCAGCCUCUUCAGUCUUUCCCUGG